AUAUUCAAUUUGCAUUCUCAAUUUGAGCAAUUACCAAUCUCAACCUCAUAACCAACCCUUUACAAAAUCCCACCCUCAUUUUCCUCUCUUUUCCCAAUCUCUCUUCAACAAUCAUCUCUCAGCCUAACCUCAACCUCAAGCCACAAAGAAAAUCAUGGCUCACAAAAUCACCAAAAAAGAAGAAACCGAACUCAAAGUUCCUGAAACCAUCACACCAUGCAUCAACCCUCCAACAUCAACAGCAACCGCAACCGCAACAACCGCCGGUGCAAUAGCAGAACCGUCUAGAUUUUUCGAAGAGAAUUCCACCGCCAGAUCUACCACCUCUUCACGUUCUCCUAAACGAUCUCAUCCUAGCGACACCGAUUCAGAACUCCAACCUCAAACGACGUCGUCCGAAGCGAAACGCGCCGUUAACCGUUGCUCCGGUUGUAGAAAGCGAGUCGGUCUUACCGGAUUCCGUUGCCGAUGCGGUGAUCUUUUCUGCUCCGAGCAUCGUUACUCCGAUCGUCAUGAUUGUUCAUAUGACUACAAAGCUGCCGGACGGGAAAGUAUUGCUAGAGAAAAUCCUGUUGUGAGAGCGGCAAAGAUCGUUAAGCUCUGAAUAGCUCUGAAUCUGAAACUGAAUCUGAAUAUUUUAACGGUUAAUCGGAAAAAUCAGAAAAUCUCGAAGAGAUCGCAACGGAAAACACGAAAAUGAUAGCUCCGAUCGAAAGAAACAGCACCUUCAAUCUUUUUUUUAGUAAUUUCUAAAUUUUCUUGUAAUUUUAUUUAGUUUGGAUUGAAAAUUUAUAAAUUAUAUUGAUUACGUGAAA